AUGCACCGACUCGCGGAUAUCUACUUUACGGAAAUACAGCCGGUCUAUACAUUUCUGGACCCUAAAAUGGUCCAUAGAGCCAUUUCCGGUUCACCCGACCAACCACCACAGCACCCUUCAAACUGUGUUCUCCUGGGAAUCGCAGCUCUAGCUUGUCUUUUCAGUACAGAAGAAGCAUCCGAUCUCCAGUCGGAAAUCAUCCAUAAUGCUCGUGCUUCGCUAGAAUACUCAACAACACUGGCCGCGCCAACGGUAGACCAUGUCGUGGGAUGGCUACUACGGGUCUUAUAUCUGCGCUUCACCAGCUCGCCAAAUGCGACAUGGCUCGCAAGCUGCACACUAAUUCACAUGAUUGAGACGGUCAAAUUACACUAUGAACCAUCCCAGAACAACAAAUCAAAUGCCACCACCGCCUCGCAAGACCCUGACCCAUACAGCCCCCAAUUAAAAAGACAAAUGUACUACACAGCGCAAAUCUUCAACACAUGGAUCUCUUACGACUACGGACAAGCAAGAAUAGCACCACGAGGCGCCUCUUGUACCUUCCCCUCAGAAGGAUGGACAGAGGAAUCACGCACAUUCUGGAAACUAUCCGACACCCUCGAUCCAAAUCUCCCGCUCAACGCAGCAGAACUAGAAACCAUGCUCGAGCAAGCCGUCCAACUGAACCCAUCUCAUCCAGCCAUGAAGCUCAAACGGUGUAAUAUAGCACUUUGCAUAUACCGCCGCCUCCGUGUAACCGGCUGCACAGUCUCGCCUAGCGCCGUGGAUAAAAUCCUGCAACUUGGAGACGAUGGUAUUCAGAUAGCUACAAUCAUGGCGAAAGCGCGUUCACCUUGGUGGCAUGUUUUGAAUGUUCCAUUCCAGUUUCUCUGCGUCUUACUGGCGAUCGAUACCCGGGCCUCGCUUGGCCGUGUUGGGCAGGCAUUUCAGACGCUGAAAUUGCUGGCUGAUGAAUAUGGGGCCGAGGCUAUUCAGGAAACGUGGGCGAGUGCUUGUACAUUGUUACGACUUCAGAUUCGGAGAAAGCGAGAUGACUUUGAGCUUUUGAAUUGCGUUGAGAAUGAUAUCCUCGCUUGGAAUUCUGGCGGGGCGCAUUCGACUUCAUUGGAUCUGAGCCUCCCAGAGCAGCAGCACCUACUACCCGAUGGUGGAGAUUACGGCCCAGGAGAAUUCUGGGAGUUGGAUGAAAUUUUCUCUAGUAAUUUAUUUACACUGUGA